UUAGGCCAGAAGCCAAUGAGGAAUCUGGUGAAGGAGGAGACGGUCAUUUGAGCAUGUAGGCACCGGUCUGGAGGAACAUGGGACUGUAUCAGAGGUGGCGACGGUUCCAGCUCCCAGGGUUACAAGCCUGCGGGCUACACACGGCAGCUGUGCCGACCCCUCCACACUGGUUGGUAGAGCGACUUGGCCUUUUUGAGGAGCUAUGGGCUGCUCAGGCAAAGAGGUUAGCAAGCGUGGCACAGAAGGAACACCGGACUAUUAAGAUAUCACUUCCCGGAGGCCAGAAAGUGGAGGCUGUGGCAUGGAACACAACCCCUUACCAGCUAGCUCGGCAGAUCAGUUCAACACUGGCAGAUACUGCAGUGGCUGCUCAAGUGAAUGGAGAACCUUAUGAUCUGGAGCGGCCCUUGGAGACAGAUUCUGACCUCAGAUUUCUGACCUUCGAUUCCACAGAGGGGAAAGCAGUGUUCUGGCACUCCAGCACCCACGUCCUGGGGGCAGCAGCUGAACAGCUCCUAGGUGCCAUCCUCUGCCGCGGUCCAAGCACAGAAAGUGGCUUCUACCAUGAUUUCUUCCUGGGGAAGGACCGGAGUGUCCGGGGCUCAGAGCUGCCUGUUUUGGAGCGCGUUUGCCAAGAACUCGCAGCUGCUGCUCUGCCCUUCCGGAGGCUGGAAGCUUCCCAGGAUCAGCUUCGCCAGCUCUUCAAGGAUAACCCCUUUAAGCUUCGCCUGAUUGAGGAAAAAGUGACAGGUCCAACAGCAACAGUGUACGGGUGCGGCACGUUGGUUGAUCUCUGCCGGGGCCCCCACCUUCGGCACACCGGACAGAUUGGAGGGCUGAAGCUGCUGACGGUCAGUCGUCAGGACAGGAACUCUUCGUCCUUAGGGAGGUCUUCAGGUGGCCCGGAGACACUGCAGAGAGUGUCAGGGAUCGCCUUCCCCACGGCGGAGCAGCUGAGGGCCUGGGAAGAACAGAGGGAGGAGGCAGAGUUACGGGACCACCGGCGCCUUGGGAAGGAACAGGAGCUCUUCUUCUUCCAUGAACUGAGUCCUGGGAGCUGCUUCUUCCUGCCUCGGGGGACAAGGGUGUAUAACGCGCUGGUGUCUCUCAUCAGGGCCGAGUACACCCGCCGUGGUUUCUCAGAAGUGAAGACCCCCACGCUGUUUUCCACAAAGCUCUGGGAGCUGUCAGGGCACUGGGAGCACUAUCAGGAAGACAUGUUUGCCCUGCAGUCUCCAGGCUCCAACAGGCCUGCCAGCUCCCAGGGGGACCACUGCUCCGGCCACCCCACAGACACCCUCGCCCUCAAGCCCAUGAACUGCCCCGCGCACUGCCUGAUGUUCGCCCACCGGCCCCGAUCCUGGCGAGAGCUGCCCCUGCGACUGGCGGACUUCGGGGCCCUGCACAGGGCCGAGGCCUCCGGCAGUCUCGGGGGACUGACCCGGCUGCGGUGCUUCCAGCAGGACGACGCCCACAUUUUCUGUGCCCCGGAUCAGUUGGACGCAGAGAUCCGAGGCUGUCUCGAUUUCCUGCGCUCAGUCUACGCUGUCCUCGGCUUCUCCUUCCGCCUGGCACUGUCCACCCGACCGACUGGCUUCCUGGGAGAGCCACGUCUUUGGGACCAGGCUGAGCAGGUCCUUCAACGGGCCCUGGAGGAAUUCGGAGAACCCUGGGACCUCAGCCCUGGGGAUGGUGCCUUCUAUGGGCCUAAGAUCGACGUGUACCUCCAGGAUGCCCUGGGUCGGCCCCACCAGUGCGGGACAAUCCAGCUUGACUUCCAGCUGCCCCUGAGAUUUGACCUCCAGUACAAGGGCCAGGCGGGGGCCCUGGAGCGUCCAGUCCUCAUUCAUCGGGCAGUUCUGGGCUCCGUGGAAAGGAUGCUGGCAGUGCUGGCCGAGAGCUGCGGGGGGAAAUGGCCGCUGUGGCUGUCCCCGUUCCAGGUGGUGGUCAUCCCUGUGGGGACCGAGCAGGAGGAAUAUGCCAGGGAGGCACAGCAGAGCCUGCAGGCUGCGGGGCUGGUCGGCGACCUGGACGCUGACUGCGGACUGACCCUCAGCCGGAGAGUCCGCCGGGCUCAGCUCGCCAACUACAAUUUUCAGUUUGCGAGCGAGGCCUCUUCGGUUUCCGCAGAGCAGAGGGAGGUACCCCAUGUGGAUAAACUUGCCCUGAGAUUCCCAGACCGCCCCCCUUCCUGCAGUGGUUGGCCCGAGAGAGCAGAGCAAGGGCACCGUGAACAUCCGGACGCGAGACAACCGUCGCCUGGGAGAGCGGGACCUGCCGGAGGCCGUGCGGCGGCUCCUGGAGCUGCAGAGCGCCAGGACCCCAAACGCGGAAGAAAUUUUCUGAGCUUUCGGAUGUCGAUGUCACAGAGACCUGCAGGAGCCACCAGCCUCCCUCAACACAGGAGGGACCAACCCAACUGACAGAGUCCAGAGUCCUCAGACCCCUGAGGACUCGUGUGGGACACGCAUCUGCCCUCCUGGAAAGAGACUUGGUCUGCGGGAAGCUGUAGCUGUUUGGGUGUGAGGAGAGCGAAGCGAAAAAUAAAAAGCUUGAAGCUACUGGA